ACCGUAGCUCAGCACGCGCAUUUACGCUCAGCGCUCGUACCAAAUCCGAGCUCGGGCACGCAAUCCGUUUACUCUCCGGGUGGUGUCGAGAGAAGGCCCGCUUGCUUCACUCCGCAUAUCAGACGUCGCAGUCUGUUCAAGCCUCAACUUGAGACGUCAAAGCUUGCCGAGAGCGACGUUGGUCUUUCGGUGAAAACUCCGUGACAGAGCAAGCACAGGCAGGCGCGGCUUGGAGAGGAAGAAUGGCGGAUUCGGGCAGCACCGCAGCGGUCGGGGCCGCGGCGUCCGCCUCCAACAGCGCAAAUGCUGCCGGGGCUGCUGGCACUGUUGCGCAUGAUGGGGCGCCGGGGGCUGCGGGACAAAAACCCGCGUCCGAGUCCGUCAAGGGCCAAAUAUUUGACGUGGGGCCCCGUUACACCAACCUGUCUUACAUCGGGGAGGGGGCUUACGGAAUGGUGUGCUCUGCCCUGGACCACAUGACUAACCAGCGUGUAGCCAUCAAGAAAAUCAGCCCUUUCGAGCACCAGACGUAUUGCCAGCGCACACUGAGGGAGAUUAAGAUCCUGCUGCGUUUUAACCAUGAGAAUAUCAUCGGCAUCAAUGACAUUCUAAGGGCUCGCCACAUCGACAAUAUGAGAGAUGUUUACAUCGUACAAACCCUGAUGGAGACAGACCUGUACAAGCUGCUCAAAACCCAGAAACUGAGCAACGACCAUGUUUGCUAUUUCCUCUACCAGAUCCUGCGAGGACUCAAAUACAUUCACUCUGCCAAUGUGUUGCACCGUGACCUCAAACCCUCCAACCUGCUCAUCAACACCACUUGCGACCUCAAGAUUUGUGACUUUGGCCUGGCGCGGAUUGCUGACCCUGAGCACGACCACACAGGAUUCUUGACUGAGUACGUGGCCACGCGUUGGUACAGGGCUCCAGAAAUCAUGCUCAACUCAAAGGGCUACUCUAAGUCCAUUGACAUCUGGUCAGUGGGCUGUAUCUUGGCUGAGAUGUUAUCAAACAAGCCCAUCUUCCCUGGGAAACAUUAUCUGGAUCAGCUCAACCACAUUUUGGGUGUCCUUGGGUCUCCAUCCCAAGAAGAUCUGAACUGUAUCAUUAAUAUGAAAGCCCGAAACUAUCUGCAGUCUCUGCCAGAAAAACCCAAGAUCCCCUGGGAGAAGCUUUUCUGCAGAGGCGACUCUAAAGCUCUGGACCUGCUAGGCCGCAUGUUGACCUUUAACCCCAACAAGCGUAUCAGUGUUGAGGAGGCGCUGGCUCAUCCUUAUCUGGAGCAGUACUACGACCCCACAGAUGAGCCAGUGGCAGAAGAGCCCUUCACUUUCACCAUGGAGUUGGAUGACCUUCCCAAGGAGAAGCUGAAGGAACUCAUAUUUGAAGAGACUGCUCGCUUCCAGGAGACUUACCAGGGCUCCUGAGACUCACGGUCUACGAGGCUCAACGCCAACCAUAGGCUUGGAACCUGAAGACACCUCCCCCAGAUGACAUGCUUAAUUACAAGAAAAUGCAUCCUCAAGAAUCCAAGGAAGAGAUAACUAUGAACAUUGGCUGCUUUUCUUUCCAUUUUCACUGCAAGCAAGCUAAGUGUUUCUCUUUGAUUUGUGUGGUCAAGUGGGGCCGUCGUCUCUCCCCACUCCUUUAAAAACAUUUUCAUUUUCUGUUAAGUGUCCAGCUUCCCUCCAUAGUAACCUCUCAUUCUCUGAUUAAUCUUUUUUUUUUCCAGCUCUUUUGCCUGUCUUCUCAUAUAAACUACUACUCCUUAUUAACCAACAAGCACGGUUACACUGUCUUGCUACAUACAUACAUGUACAUUAGAACUUGCAAUUGAGGGCUAAAAGAAUGGGGGUGCUUAUUGUGUAGGUUUAUGUACAUUACUACAAAAUAUAUAUACAAAAACGUUUUCAUUUUAAGUGGAGUCAUCACAGCUUUCAUUCAUUGCUUUAAAAUCAGCUUAGUUGUAUUUAUGUUGUGUGAUUUAUCUGUACGAGUCAUUUUUGAAUUUCAGGCAAAUGUUUUUAUUGGCAUGUUUACAGGUUUUUUUGUUCCAAAUGAUGUUCAUAUGAAUGCAUGCAUUCCUGAAAUUAACCAAAGUGGAUGGGAGAUGCAAGGAACUAUUGUGGGAAACGACCAUGUGUUGUGUUUUUGAACCAUUUAAAAUAUUUCUUGAGCUACAGCUCAGAAAAAGGGUAGACGGAUUGAACUCUUCCCUCUACUUGCAUUAGAUUAAUCACACGAUUGUGUGGUAAUUGGAUCAGUCAUAUUGCCAAGUUACAGAAAGCUCCAGACUACCUUUGGAUGCAUUCUGCAGAUAUUGUGCACCUACAUGGUUCAUAUUGUGUAUUAGAGGUUGUAUGACCAAUUAAAGCACAAAUGCCACCAUUGCACAGACAUGAGACACCAGAAAGAUGCACACGCUGCUAUACCAAGCACUCUUUUCCCUCUCUGCUCAGUACAAACAUUAGGGGCCACUGUGGCAUCCUGUUAUGGCAUUAUAUCGCUAUAUCACUUGACUUGCUUGUCAUUAUCAUCUCUCACCUGCAUUUUAAGGGAGCAUGCGACACUAAAAGUUGGGGAUCUCAAGCCUUAGGGUCAAAUUUCAAGAUGAACCGAAUAUGCAUUAUAACCUUUAUAGGUGGCUCUAAUUUGCCUUAUCUAGACUUGAAUGCACAUGUCCAGCUAUUAAAAUAUGGUGAAUAUGCCAUUCACAAAAUGUUUCAUUCAUGAAUUGACAAAUACAUUUUUUGGGUCAAUUUGAUUCCAUUUCCUUUUUUUAAGUAGUCCUCGUCAACAUUUUGAGACACCCUUGGACAAUUUCAGAAAUUUGGAAGAGUAAAUUAAGUUUGCCUGUAAAGGUUAUGGUGCUUUUCAAGUUCAGUCAGAAAUUUUCUCAAUAUUGAAAACCUGUUUUCCCUAACUUUUUGUGAGUGGUAGUACAUAAAUUCCACAGCAUGGUGGGAUACUCCCUUCCUACUGCGCUAUUUUGACGUUUACACUGAACUGUUUGAGAGGGCCAAAUGGAAACAAAAAUAUCUACUAAUGGGCUGUAAUGAUUGAGUAGAAGUCAGGAAGAAUUUUCAGGUUCGAAUCAUUUUUGCCUCAGUAAAUGUGUGUGAAUGUGUAUGCGUGUGUGUAAAGUAGCUGUAGUUGGGCUGCUUUUCCCAAGAGCAGCUCCCUCUUGUGACUACUGAGGACACUGCAUGUGACUUUUACCACCAAUUUCCAAAUUACUUUUGGCCUACCCACCCAACUUUUUAACUGAUUGGCUGCCAUUGACAGCGAAAGGGCGUACAAUCCAUUUCAAGUGGGAGUCCACGUUUCCACUUCAAAUGGAUUGGAGAAAAGAGCCACAUGAUUAGACAUCUGGCACCGUCAAUGGCAGCCAAUGAGUUCAUGGUUGUGUGUUUGCCUGAUUGUUUAUUCUGUAGCCAUAGUGACCAUGCCUCACCGCAUUAACAAGUGGCAUUGUUUCCCAUAGAUUACUUGACCGUGUGUCAUUUUUGUGCAUUCACUUUUGCAGUCUGUAACUACUUAACUGCUGCUUAGUGGAGCGCCACCCAUGGGUCCAAUGCAGUUACUGCGCUGGCAUUAAUGUAAGGAAAUUGGACCAACAUAUGGUCAGGUACUGCUGGCUUCCACAUCCUGUCGUAAAAAGAAAAUUCAUCCAAAGCAUCGCUGUUCUCUUAAAGCCAUAGCCAGCACUACGACUGUCCCCACAAUGAGCGUGAGGCUUUUUUCGUACACAUGUCCUGAUAUCCGUUGAUUUAUACGCCUUCCCAAACACUUGCCACGCUUUACUCAAAGGGCUGCCUCCGUCCCUCCUUGUGUGCACUUCUUUUCCAACUAAGACUUCACUUUUGCCAUUCACUACCACUUUUUCGACCAAUCACAUGACCCAAUCAGCACGUCUGCACUUUGUUUUUCAUUUGGUCCUGAGUCUUUUCUAGCCCGGCAAGCCAAUGUGACUUUUGUCAUUUACAAGACUAGUGUUGCACAGAUACGGAACUAAAAUGACUUCGUUAUCGGUGACUACUCAGAAAUAAUGUGCCGAUGCUGUGCAACAUGUACGUGAAAAGAUCUAGUUUCAAACUGCUGGUUGCCCGACCUAAGAUGGCCGGCAUUUAGGCACGCCGCUGUAAAAAUAGGAGCUCGUGUCGCCCUUUUCCAAGAUUACGAUAGACAUCCAAUCAUCCUUCUGCUGUGAAUUUAAGUGAGUUUAUAACUAGUUGAUGUCCAAUCCAUUUGAAGUGGGAGGGUGGCAAAGAAUGAAGGUUAAUUCAUUCCCUGCUAACCCUCCCACUUCAAAUGGCUAGGACAUCUAGCACAGUCAUUUGCAGCCAAAGAGUUAAGCAAUGUCUGACCAAGCCUUGAUGGAAAAACUUUUUAGUAUGCAGACAUUUUGUAUCAAAGGAAAAAUACGUAUAUUUUUUACAAAACAUGUAUUGGUACAGUAUCAGCCAAUACCACACAACGGAGAAUUGGUAUCGGGAAUAAAAAAAAAAAAUGGUAUUGGUGUAAAACUAUACAAGAUACAGUACAUAGAAAGACAGUCUGAUAUUCUGUGGUUUGGGGUAGUAAAUGGUGUACGACUCACGCUGUUAUUAUCAAUUUGUACUCCUCAAAAAUCAUGGCAUGAAAUCCUGAUAACUACUGUUUUUGUGUGAAAAUCCAAGACUGCACGUAUCUGUAUCGUUGUGUAAAGUAAUCGUUUUUCAGAGUCAGUUCGAAAGAUUUGUGUAGUUAAGUCUGCCUUUGACUCUGUUUGCGAAGUUUGUUGUUCUCUCGCACUUAGAUUCACCGUCGCCACUUUUCAUGACUUAUUACAAAAGCCCGCCUCGUGCGCUGUGAUUCGUCAGUCGAUAUAGGACCAGAGUGGAAAUCCAAUUGAAACCGCAGAAUACCAGACUGACUUGCCUUGUAUCGUGUACAUGGCCAAAAGUCAGGCUGGCUUGCAAGGCUAAGUCCUUUCCCACAGUGUGUCUGAUCUACUCAGUCAGCUUUAAACGUUACACUGUAUGUGUCUGAUUUCUUUCAAUUGUAUCUUCGGUAACCUACAAGGUUUUUGCUUUCACAACUUUGCGCUUUAGCUUGGAUGCGUCGCUUUUUUUUGAUACAGUGCAAACCGGGUCUUACAAAAAACAAUGUUUUUGUUUCAUUGGAAUAUUCAUCAAGCAUCAGUCCACUAACCCUGCUUGCUUUUUCCUCUAAGAUGACGUCAUGUUAGGUUGCCAUGGUUCCCAACCAAGAGGACUGUUUUGGCAAUGGCACACACUUGCACACGCACACUUUGAAUGAGUGUAUCUGUGCGCGUCUGUGAAAUGUCGCAUUCAACAUGCCAUACACAUUCACACAGUAUUGAUGAUUUAAAUGGCCCAUCUGUCAUGUGGCCAGGUUCCAGAUAUUGUUGUUUUUAAAUGGUUGUUCUUAUUAUUACUGUUGUUGUUAUACCGGUGAGUUGUAUUUUUUUAUUUUACUUAAAAGGGAGUCAAAGUUGUAUCACUUUUUUUAAUGAUUAGAAUGUUUUAUUUGUUUUGGGUUUUUUUUCUUUAUAAUUUCUUUUCCGGGCGUGAUUAUUGACAGUCUUCAGUCUGUUUUUUUUCUUCUUGGAUUUUCCCUCCAAGUUCUUUAUAAGGAAUUAUUUUUAAAGGCGUUAUUUGUCGAUCGUCAAAGAGAUAUGAGUUAAGGGUUGUAGUCUGUAUAUUGUAUGGAUAUUAAUUAAAUGAUUAACAAAGCAACGAAGUUAUAUUACAUUUAAUUGAAUAAAAAUUUCCUGAUACUGUUGCAGUUAUGGUGUGUUCUUUAUUUGUUUCUUUUAUCCUAAUCCGGGGGUCGGCAACCUGUGUUUUGAGAGCCACGUACUGCUCUUUAGAGCUGCCCUAGUGGCUCCCUGGAGCAUUUUCAAAAAUGUGUGGAAAUGGGAAUAAAUGCUUGAGGGAAAUAUAAUUUUUGUUUUGAUAUGGUUUCUGUAGGAGGACAAAAAUGACACCAACAUUCUUAACGUUUUUCAAUGCUGUACAAAUGUGUAGAAUAAAUAUUACAUUUCAACAUUUCUGUCAACAAGGAUUUGCGUCAUAGCCUGCGACACACGUGACUGUGCUUGACAGUGAAGCAAGUGGCGUUCAGUUAUUCUCGCUAUAUGAUUGGCCGAAGAGUCGAAAUGUUCUCCCAUAGAAUGCAUGUUUAAAAAUGAAACGUCGGUCACAACAAUGCUUGCACGAACUGUUUGUUUUUUUUUUUGUUUUUUUUCUGUAACCAUGGAGGAGUUUAUGUGAGGAAAUUUUCCACUACUUGAAGACAGGAGAAUACAGCAUCAGGACUCUCUCCUUAAAAUGUCCUAAGGGCCGAAAGGACCACAUUCGAGGGAGACAGAUGUAUGUGCGCACGUUUGCUCUUUUUUAUAACUUUUAAUAUUUGUUAAUAAUACUCUCUGUGUGUGAUAUCAUCAAUCGCUUUACAUACAUUUUUGAAUAGGCACUUUAAAUUCAAUUCAAUUCAAUUUUAUUUGUGUAGCCCUAAAUCACAA